ACACAUUGUCAUUUCGUGACACAAUAGGUUACCAUAACAACACUAUGACUUGCUAAGAAUGCCCUUAAUUAUAGCUUUAAGGGCUUAUAAUUUAAAAACGGCACGGUGAAGUUGUUUUAUAUUUCAUAUUUUGAUAAGCAGGAUACUGUAAGACGCAAGUUUUGGCAAAGUUUAAAAGAAUUAUGUACACAGGGUUCAGAGCCACCUUAAAUUUUCAAAACUUUUAGGUGGCUCUGAACCCCAUGAGCCGCUUUAUAUACCGGUCGUUAAAACGUCGCGAAAGAAAAGUCGAGAAAAAAAUUCUAAAAAAAUUACGUUUUCUGCAUUGCGAAAUUCAUUUACCACCAAACAUAUGCGCUGAUCUAUUUUGUUAGUACUACCUUGCCUUCUACUGAUUCAAAUUUCGGACACCUCAUUAUUACAGUAAGAGUGUCCUGUAACAUUACGGACAACUUACUUGGUUUUAAUGGAAAACUAUGAUAUAACUUCUAGCUCUAUGAUAUGGACACCUCCGUUGUAAAAUUCUCGACGUUUUCAGAAGCUUUUACCGGGAAGUAACCCGCUCCUCGAUUUUUCAAAACGGUUCCCGUUCAAAACAACGCUUGUUAAUUUAACUGUCACCACCUGCAAGCUAAUAAAUGCUGAAACGCGAGGAAGUUUCGGAUUGCGUUUUAAUUUUCUAUAGAUCUACAAGACUUGGAAACCAUCCAGUGUAAUCAGCGCGCGCUACCUCAAUUGAUGUCAUAGACAACUGAUAUCCAACACAAGUGUUGAAUUUAUUACUGCUAGCACAAGUUGUAAAUUCUAUUGACGACAAUGGCAGCGAAUGUGACUGAGGUAUUGAGACGGACUCUGCGGGUAGAAAAGGUUCCUGAAAUGGUCCAGUACACGAAACGCAUUGAAGACACGGAGAAACAUUUUACUGCCAUGCGUUGCCGUGCUGAGAAAUACGCCACGAUCAUGGAGAAACUAGCCCAGAAAGGUGAAAAAUUUUCUUCCACAAUUGGCGUCUGUACGUUGGACCUGGAGAGCAAUCCUACUGUUAAAAGUAAUUUAUUGAACUACACCAAGCAUCUGUCUGUUGUCCAAGAACAACGGAAAACGUUGAAAGAUAUUCUUCAAGAGAAAAUAUCAAGUGAUAUCUUAGCUUACGAAGGGAAAUGCAAAGAAAUGAGGAAAUGCGUUAAAGCGUGCGAAGACGCCGUGCGCAGAAAGAAUCAUCGGCUUUCUCAACUGGAAAAGGCAAAAAACUGGACGCCUGUCGUCCCGAGGAGGAUCAACGAUGCAAACAUCAAGUUUGAACAGGCACGCUGUCAUGCUGAGCGCUGUUGUGAAGAUAUCAAGGUAAGAAUGGAACAUUUUGAGGAGCAGAAACAGCAAGACUUGAAUCGCAUACUAGGUGAUUUCCUGCUCGCUGAAAUGCGCUUCCACGCGCAAGCGCUCCAAGCCUACACUGCUGCCUUCAGGUGUCUGCCUUUGCUGUCUGAUCAAGAGGAUCCGCCCCGAGGGUACACGCGGGGGUCUUCCCGCGAGCGUUGUCGUGAGAAAAGAGAACGGAAAGCUGUGUUUUCUGCUUGUGAUGAAACACAGGCGCCAGCAUCAGAAAGAGGCCACAGACGAAGAUCUGAUUCAAACAGUUCCGCUCUCACACUAGGAGAUCUCAAGAGCUGACUACUCCAAACAAACCAGUGAAAACAAUUCUAAAAAAUGAGGUUAUCAUAGAGAAUGUUCAAUGUUUUCAAAACUAAAUGAAUAGAUUGCCAUUGCUUUCACUAAGAUGAGAUUAAACAAAUUGAAUCAUAUGUUUCAACAAC